AUUUCGACUUUCAAACGAGACGGUUUUAAAAAUGCGCUUGAUUUGUCUGCUGCUUUUGGCAGCUGCCUCGAUACAGGUUUGCCUUGGCGAAAACAAAGUGUCCUGCAAGGACGAAGAGGGUCACGAUGUCGACUGGUGGUACAUUUACAAGUUGCCUAAGCACUACUCGACCCUAUAUCAGGGUGCGGAUGUGAGUGGAUUGCGAUACUUCUUCGUGACCAGCAGCUCCUAUGACAGCUGGCAGUUGUCUGGGAAGCGCAUCAGCGACUCCAACUCGCUAGCAGCGGAAACACUGAGACCGCUCUACGCAGACACACAGCAUGUGCUGCUGGCUGCGUACAACGAUGAGUUUCCCAACGGUACCGUCACCAGCACUGGUGGCCACACAAAGGGUGUCAUUGCCACCGACGGAGUGACAGGUGUUUGGCUUGUGCACUCGGUGCCGAAGUUUCCAACAGUGCCGGAUUAUACGUACCCAACCAGUGGCGAGAACUAUGGCCAGAGUCUGCUCUGCAUGACGCUCGAUAUGGAGGGUGUGGAGAAGGUGGGCGAACUGUUGGUCUACAAUGAGCCGCAUUUCUACUACACGCGGAAUCCGCUGCUGAAGGCUGCUGAACUAGUACCCAGCCUGGAGCGUGCACUCAAGCAGCAGUGGCGCACUGAGGAGCCGUACCAGAAGGAGAUCGAGGUGAAGACACUCAAUGGCAAACAGUUCCGUCUCUUUGGCAAGAGUUCGCGCGCCAAUGUCGAGCUCUACUCGGAUGUGGUUGCUCCCGCCCUGGGCGUCAAUCUGUUUGUGGAGGCUUGGCGCGAUGGUGCCGGCAGUUUGCCCGACAGCUGCGACAAAGCCAACAAGGUCUACAACGUUCAGGAUAUUGCCAAUGAGGAUUUCAGGAUCGAGUUCAAGACCACGGGAGACCAUUCCAAGUGGGCCGUCUCCGAGGAAUCGGGUAUUAAACUGCAUCGCUGGCGCAUUGGUGGCGGCGAUUGGAUCUGCAUCGGCGACAUUAAUCGCCAGCGAAGUCAGCAGAAUCGCGGAGGCGGCACCGCCUGCCACAAGAGCUCGCGUGUCUCAGAUCUCUAUCGCAAACUGGUCGCCAACUAUGAAAAGUGCAACUAAAGAACUAAAUAAGAGAUUCAAUCAGAAUAAAAAUUAUUUUCUCCAAGCAAA